AUGACAAGCCAUCUUGAAUUCGACUGGUAUAUCAGUCCAGCAGACAGGUUUCUGUACGAGGGCGAAUUCACAAAGUAUGCCGUCGAUAAUCUCGUACCAAUGUCAUCAAUGGAAACGGUCUUCACAGCAUCACGAUUGUCACAACAGGAUUUCGUACAAGCGAACUUUAUCGACAUUCAAAACACAUCAAGUCUCAACAAGGAACAAUAUGUUGCCUUCUCGCAUGUCCUAAACAUGAGAAGGAAGGGCAAGACAUAUCCGUUGCUUCCUCAGAGCCUACGUGAAAAGUUUCUGGCUGAUGAGAGCACGAAAACGCUAGGAAGAGGUGCUGCUCGAGACGACGACCCAAUACUCAAAGACCUCGAAUCCGACAUCCAAACCGCAUCCUCAUCCCUCUCACAACUUCAAGCCGAAAAGCAAAAGGAGGUCGAUCGCCUAGCAACACUCAAAAACACCAAAGAGGAGUUGGAAGGACUGCUGGAAUACAAGAGGAGACAGUUAGAGGGUAUGAAGGAUGAGAUUGUGAGAUUGAGAAGCGCGAGUCCGAGUGGUGGUAAUCCACAGGUUGCUGGCUUGAUGAACAAGUUGAGUCAAGACCGACAGACGCUUGUUAGUCGGAGAGAGGAGAUACAGCGGACGCUUGAUUCUCUGUAA